CGGCGGAUCAAAAUGGCCGCGACCGUUCAAGACUCACGUGUGAGCACAGGGAAAAAGCUGAAGGGUUCCCUGAAGAAGAAGAAAAAGAUGAAACUGGUAGCCAAGGAUGAGGUGUCGAAUCGGGAAGAUGGGCUCAAAGACUCUUCCGACGGAGAAGGUUCCAUAGGAAGCUGUGAAUCAGAAAUGGACCAGUUGUCAGAUGAUGGUGCAGUAGAAGCCGACGGUGAGGACAAUGUUGAAUCCUGUGAGGAAGAAAAUGAAGAGCCUGCAGAACCAAGUGCUGGGACUAAUUCUGGCUGGGCAGAUGCCAUGGCUAAAAUCCUUAACAAAAAGACUCCUAAAAGUAAAUCCACCAUCCUCACCAAAAACAAAGAGCUGGAGAAGGAGAAGGAGAAACUAAAGCAGGAGAGGUUGGAGAAGAGGAAGCAGCUUGAUAAGAAGCGGGAGUGGGAAAUGAUGUGCAGAGUGAAGCCAGAUGUUGUCAACGACAAAGAGGCAGAGAGGAACCUUCAAAGGAUUGCAACGAGGGGUGUGGUGCAGUUAUUCAAUGCUGUUCAGAAACACCAAAGGGAUGUCGGUGAAAAGGUUAAGGAAGCAGGAGGCUCCGUCAGGAAGCGAGCUAAGCUGAUGUCAACUGUUUCCAAGAAGGAUUUCAUCAGUGUUCUUCGAGGAAUGGAUGGUACAAAUGAGAACAGUUCUGCUGGGAAGAACCUCAAAGCCAGACAGACUGAAGUGAAAGCAGAAGAGGGCCCGGGGUGGAAAAUUCUGCGAGAUGAUUUCAUGAUGGGAGCCAGUAUGAAGGACUGGGACAAGGAGAGCGAUGAGCCUGCCGGCAGCAGGGCGGGGUCGGCCAGUGAGUGAGCGGACUGGACUCUCCGGCCCUCCUGCAAGACGUCAGCUCGGACUGUUGGCAGCCAAGAGGCCUCUGCACACUGCACACUGCAGUCAGAUUCUGUUUUUAAUCCUCAUGUAACUGUAAACAUUUUCGCAAAAUAUAUGUACAAAGGAUUAGGUUCCUUUCUUGAGCAGUAAGAUGUGUGUUUCUCUAGAAUCCUUACAUGGUGAUCAUACACCAGUGUUUCUCAUGUGUAGGCCCAUUUAUGAUUUAUGUGACUUUGAUGUAAGAUUUUUCUGUGUACUCAGAUCCAUAUAUAUCUAUUGUGGGGGGUGAUUGAUGUCAUUUGUGUUGGUAAGCCUUUAAGAAAACCUCUGUAGUAAAAUUUCAAAUUGUAAUGUUUUUUCAUUUAAAUUUUAGAAACACUGAUAAAGUUGUCUAAUAUCUGUCCAAGAUUCCCCUUGGACUUUGCUCAAGUUACAAAAUUUGAAGGGAAAUAGGUACUGGAUAUGGCGUGUUCUCUUUUGAGAAGGGUUCAUAUCUCUCCAUCUUUCCAUAAAGUGAGCCCUACCACCACCGGUGUGCACACAUUGCAUCUGCUUUGCGCUGAACCUAACUGUUCCCAGGGUGUGCUGGACCCCAGAUGUUUGUGUCUUUAGAUCAGUUUGAGUGCUGCAGAUGUCCUCUGACUACAGGUGAAUUAGCCCCGCCUGGAGUUUGCCAUCAAAAUAAGGAGGACUCACCCUAGUAUACUUAUUUGGAACAUAUGUGUUGUGUUAUGUGGCUGGUGUUUUUAUUAUUUUAAUCUAACUGUGAACAAGUUUUCCUCAGUAGUAAUGCAGGAAUACUAAGGUAUUUGGAUACUCCUUAGCACAGAUUAACAUUUCGGCACAAUACAGCACGUGGCUAAUUUUGGGAAAGAUUGUACUACCUACAAACUUUUUACUCUUCAGAAUGAUAAUUUUACUUCAUUGUCUUCUGUUUACUGUUUGGGGCCGUUCUAAGUGUUUGCCGUUUUUUCCUGAAGCUCACAUUUGGAUGAUGAAAAUGAGUGACUGGCUGCUUAUGAGGAACAGGUUGUCCUGGGGCAUAGAUUUGUGUUAGUUGAACCCAGCUUUCAAAAUGCAAGUAAGGAAGAAAGUGUUCACACAUUUCUCCUUUCAGAGGGAAUUUUAUUCCAUAAUAAAAUCGAGUUAACACUGAAACAAAGUGUCACUUUUGAGAGAGGCCAUGACAUAAUUUUGUCGUGUGGUCAUGUCUUCUAGGUUUUAGUGUCUUUGUGUCUUUCUUCAAAGUACUUAAGCAGAAGCAGUGUGUAUGAGGAGUCUAAGGUGUGCAUGGCUGUAUGGAAUUCUGGAGUCAGAUUUCUGAGGUACCAGCGUCGUCUUGGAAAUCUCCAUCCUCUUGCUUCAGCUUCCCAAAUUUGGGGACUACGGGUGUGCACCACCACACCCAGCUGCUGAGUGUGUUCUGGAGGUGGGUGUUGUGAACAACCUCUUUCUGUCGCCGUUGCCUUACAGAUUUUUAAGUCUCUUCUGGUUCUACAUUAAAUUCUAUAAAGAUGA